AUGAACUCUCUUCAAUUCCGUUACGCUCUCUCUCCUCACUCCACAAACCCCCGAUUUUCUCGCACUUUCCCGCCUCUUUUUCAUUUUCCAACAAACUCGCGCUUUCUCUCUUUCACAGAAAUCAAUGCAACUAGAAGAAUAGCCAGAAGAAAACAAGGCUUCUCGAUUCGCUGUUCCUCCAAAACCGAUUCUCAGAUUGAGAAAAACGAUGAACGGCCUCCGUUUGAUAUCAACCUCGCCGUUAUUCUUGCUGGUUUCGCCUUUGAAGCAUACACAACUCCUCCUGAAAACUUGGGUAGGCGUGAAGUUGAUGCAGCUGGUAGCAAGACAAUCUAUCUUUCUGAGGAAUUUUUCCGUGAACUUUAUGAUGGACAACUUUUCAUAAAGUUGAAAAAAGGAUCUAGUUUCCCUGCCAUGGAUCCAUGGGGAACAAGUGAUCCAUAUGUGGUCAUACAGAUGGAUUCUCAGUCUGCUAAAAGCAAUAUCAAAUGGGGGACAAAAGAGCCAACGUGGAAUGAGGAGUUCACUUUAAAUUUUAAGCGGUCUUCAAACAAAGCUCUACAGAUUGCAGCUUGGGAUGCAAACCUUGUAACCCCUCACAAACGAAUGGGGAAUGCAGUUGUUGAUUUGCAAUGGCUUUGUGACGGAGAUACACAUGAGAUACUGGUGGAGUUGGAAGGAAUGGGUGGUGGUGGGGAGGUUUGGCUGGAGGUUAAGUAUAAGACCUUUGAUGAAAUUGAUGAUGAGAAAAAGUGGUGGAAGAUACCUUUUGUUUCAGACUUUUUAAAGAAGAAUGGUUUUGAUUCUGCACUCAGAAAGGUUAUUGGUUCCGAUACAGUACAAGUCAGCCAAUUUGUGGAGUAUGCAUUUGGGCAGUUAAAGUCAUUUAACAACGAGAAGGGUCGGAUGUCUGAUAAUGAUAAAUAUGAUAUUGAAAGUUCUGAGCAAUCGAAUGAAUCUGCUUUUAUGUUGAAGACGCCUUCUCUUGAGGCUGGUAGUUCAGAAUUCUCUAGUGAACAAAGAAACAUGGAAGAGUUUCGCUCACGUUACAGUGAAACUGGAAAUGAACAUGCUUUGAAACUAUCACCACAAGCUAGUGAGGAAGAACUGUCAAAUCAACGUUUUUGGAUGAAUUUUUCUAAUGUUAUCAAUGCCAACAUUGUUCAAAAGCUGGGUUUCUCUGUUCCGGAGAAAUUAAAGUGGGACGGACUGGAGUUUCUAAACAAAAUUGGCUCGCAAUCCCAAGAUAUUGCAGAAGAUGUUUAUAUUCAAUCUGGUCUUGCGAUGCCUGGAGGCACAGAAGAACCAGACAAUAAAACAAGUGGUCAGCCUGCCAUUGCGGCAAUCCAGGCUUCACUUCCAGAGGUCAAAAAGGCAAGUGAGAUAUUGAUGAAGCAAACCGAAUCAAUUUUAGGAGGUUUAAUGCUCUUGACAGCAACAGUUUCCAAAAUGAAAGAUGAAGGACGUUUUUCUGAAGAGAAGAAAACCAAAGGCGAUUCUUCCAAAGGAGUAGGCUGUGAUGUUCAAUAUUCUACUAGUGAGAAGUCUCCUAGCCCAGAAAACGGAUCAUUGUUGAAUGAUAAACAAACUGAAGAAAUGAGAGCACUUUUUUCAACUGCUGAAAGUGCUAUGGAGGCUUGGACAAUGCUGGCGACUUCACUAGGUCAUCCUAGUUUCAUUAAGUCUGAGUUCGAAAAGAUAUGUUUCUUAGAUAAUGCAUCAACCGACACACAGGUUGCAGUUUGGCGUGAUUCUGUGCGAAGAAGGUUAGUGAUUGCAUUUAGGGGAACAGAACAGACAGCAUGGAAGGACUUAGUAACGGAUCUAAUGCUUGUUCCAGCCGGGCUGAAUCCUGAAAGGAUUGGUGGAGACUUCAAGCAAGAGGUUCAAGUUCACAGUGGCUUUCUAAGUGCAUAUGAUUCAGUAAGGACCAGGAUCAUUUCUCUGAUUCGACUUGCAAUUGGAUAUGUGGAUGAUCAUUCUGAGUUCACCUACAAAUGGCAUAUUUAUAUUACCGGUCAUAGUUUGGGUGGUGCAUUGGCUACCUUGCUUGCCCUUGAACUUUCAUCAAAUCAAUUAGUUAAGCGAGGGGCGAUUUCUAUCACUAUGUAUAAUUUUGGUUCUCCCAGGGUUGGUAACAAAAGAUUUGCAGAGGUUUACAAUGAGAAAGUUAAAGAUAGCUGGCGAGUUGUGAAUCAUAGAGAUAUCAUUCCUACAAUACCCCGGUUAAUGGGUUAUUGUCAUGUCAAUCAACCUUUAUUUCUUGCCGCGGGAGUUCCAACAAAUUCCCUAGAGAAUAAAGAUAUUUUAGGAGAUGGUUAUGAAGGUGAUGUUCUUGGGGAAUCCACACCAGAUGUUAUAGUCAACGAAUUUAUAAAAGGUGAAAUGGAACUUAUUGAGAAGUUGUUACAAACUGAAAUUAAUAUAUUCCGCUCAAUCAGAGAUGGAAGUGCUUACAUGCAGCAUAUGGAGGAUUUCUAUUACAUCACGUUACUAGAGAAUGUAAGAUCAAAUUAUCAAGUUGCCUCAAGGUCACAAGAUGUAAACACCAGCUUAUCCUGA